UUGGACAAAUUAGUAGACCAAGACUUAUAGAGAUAAUGGAAGGAUGUUUACAUAUAUAUAAAAGUUAUUGUAUACAUGAAAGAGAUAAGAGAGAAAAUGGCAGGCAGAGUAGAGAAGAUGUAUUAUCUUUCUUUCUGAUAUAUUUGAGGCGUGGACUUUUUGCUGAAAUUGAAAAUUGAAAUCAAAGAAGAAUCAUCGUGUGUGUUUUUGUUCACUCAUUUUGUAAUCAAUAAUCAAUAAAGUGAAUGGUAGGGGGUGGAAAUGGAGAGUGGCCUGGUGGGGGGUUUAGUCCGGGUCCGAUGACUCUGAUUUCGAGCUUGUUUGGAGAUAACGAUGACGGUAAGACAUUCUCAGAGCUUCUCGCCGGUGCUAUGUUGGAUGUGGAGCAUGGAGGAGGAAGAGACGGUGGCUUGUCACCGUUGGCCAUGUUUGCUUCUCCACCUCAGCAAUCACUAGCACAAGCCUAUUCAAAUGUUCAAAACCAAUUUGAACAUCCAUUUUCUUCAUCAAUAGUGCCUACAAAUACCUCAUUCACACAACUUCAAGCAGUUACAUUCAACAACAUUGCACAACAACGCAUACCAAACUCUAAGGAACCAAUAGCAAAAUCUGUUGAUUAUUCCUCUAACACAGAACAAACAUCACAACAGUCUUGUUCUGUGAAUGUCGACAAAGCUAACGACGACGGCUACAACUGGAGGAAGUAUGGACAGAAACAAGUCAAAGGUUGCGAGUUUCCUCGAAGCUAUUACAAGUGUACACAUCCAAGUUGUCCUGUGAAGAAAAAAGUCGAACGCGAUCUCGUUGAUGGACAUGUAACUCAAAUUAUUUACAAAGGAGAGCACAUUCACGAACGCCCUCGUCCAAGCAAGCUCACAGAGGAUAAUUCAAAUGUGCAACAAGAGUUGUUAGGAACAAGUGACAGUGACGAAGAAAAAGAUCAUGAAACUGAGAAAAAUUAUGAACCUGAUCGCAAAAGAAGGAGUGCUGUCUCAAAGCCUAGAAUCAUUGUGCAAACAAUAAGUGAUGUAGAUCUGUUAGAGGAUGGAUAUAAAUGGCGCAAAUACGGGCAGAAAGUUGUCAAAGGAAAUCCGCAUCCAAGGAGUUAUUACAAAUGCACAAGCCCGGGUUGCAAUGUUAGGAAACAUAUUGAGAGGGUUUCAACGGAUCCUAAAGCAGUAAUGACAACAUAUGAAGGAAAACAUAAUCAUGAUGUGCCAGCAGCUAAGACUAAUAGCCACACCAUUGCCAACAAUAAUAAUGCAUCACAGCUAAAAUCACAAAAUGUCAUACUUGCAAUGCAUAAUGUCGACAGAAGAGGUCAGCAGCAGCCUUCAGCAGUGGCACGUUUAAGGUUGAAGGAAGAGCAUAAAGCAUAGUGUUCUUAUUUUAUAUAAGACUGGAAGCAUGUGUCUGCAAUAACAAGUCAUCUUUUAAGGUUUGAUGUUUUUUUUGGUAUGAGGCUAAAGUUUUGACCAAGGGCUAUAAGUCCAAUUCAUGGUAUCGGUAGAAAGUAGCAUGGGAAAUAUGUGUGAUUGGUUAAUCUAAUAUGUAAAGUAGCAUUAAAUGAUGAAAAAUGAUUUGAAUA